GACAGGGGGAGACGAGGACUGUCAAGGAAGACGAAUAGGUUUGUGAAACAGUAAAAGUUUUAUCCUGUAACAAUUUGAUCUGCCGGUGGUAACUAAAUUCCACUCCGAUUAGUUAGUGUUAAGAUAGAGAGCAAUAAUGGUGGAUAGAAAGAAGAAAAUCAAAAUAUGUGACAAAGUAAAAGUGUCACAUAAGGAAGAGGAAGAUAGGAUUAGCCAGCUACCGGAACAUUUGAUAUCUGAAAUACUUGAUCAUCUCUCUACAAAGGAUGCUGUCAGAACAAGCGUUUUGUCUACCAGAUGGAGAUAUCUUUGGCAAUCUGUUCCUGGAUUGGACUUAAGCUCCUACGAAUUCUCAAAGUUUGAUGCCUUCGUGAGUUUUGUUGAAAGGUUUUUUAAUUCCCACAGGGAGUCAUGGAUACGAAAACUCCGGUUAAGUUAUUGUAGUCUUGGUAGGAGUUAUCUCGAAUCAUGGAUUGAUGCUGUAACUACUCGUAGGAUCCAACAUCUUAAAAUUGAUUAUGAUGGAUAUGAUAAGAAGAUACCCCUGAGUUUAUAUACCUGUGAGACACUGGUUCACUUACGACUCUGUUAUGUAACCAUGUGUAGUGCCAAGUUUGUUUCCUUACCUUGUCUGAAGUUCAUGCAUUUAGAGAAUAAUGAGUAUCCCAACGAGACCACCUUGCAGAAACUUAUCUCAGGCUCCCCAGCUCUGGAACAUUUAACCAUCACCAGAGCUCCAAUUUAUGAUGAUGCAAAUGUUGUACAAGUGCGCUCUCAUACGCUAAAGACAGCCUAUAUAUGUGAGUUUGCUGAAGUUGUGAUUGAUGCACCUCUACUGCAGUCUUUGAAGGCUACGGUCUCCUCAACAACGAACUUUCAUAUCGUCAAUUUGGGUUCCUCUGCCAAACUAGAUUUUGAUUUAAGCUAUAUGAGAUGCAGUAGUAGCAUGAUUCAUGACAUCCUCACCUACAUACCAUUGGUCAGGGAGCUAGUUAUUAGUAAUGGUAUUAGGAAGGAAAUCUUUCAGUACUCGAAAUCGGGACCACUGCUUCAGUUCCGUGACCUAUCCCGCUUGAAUGUUGAAUUUUCUAAAUUUGAUCUUGAAACGUUGCCAACCCUUCUUGAGAGCUGCCCAAAACUAGAAUCCUUAGUUAUGUUUGUUUUCUUCCGUUUUUUUUUGCAGAAAUUGGUUAGGGACGAAUCCAUGCGUGGUAAGAAGAAGACAGAACCAAAGGUGAUGUUUUCAACAACAGUGCCUCAGUGUUUGGUAUCAUCGCUCAAGUUUGUGGAAUGGAGACGCUCAAUCGCAGGGUAUGAAAGAGAAUUGGAGCUAGUAAGAUAUUUCUUGAAGAAUUCAAAAAUCCUGGAGAAAUUUAGGGUUGAUACUUACUAUGCCGGAAAAGCUAAGUGUGCCUUCCUUCAAGAACUCCUUACAAUGCCAAGAUGCUCUAGCGUCUGUGAACUCCAUUGUUCACUGAUUCCUAAGAAUAUAUUUGGCUGAACAUUUCGAUUAAGGUAGGUUGAUCUUUUUGGUCGUUAAAUUAGUUGAUUUUAGGAGGAUGUAUUAGGCGUUGUGCCGAAAAGCAAAUAUUGCAGUUUUAAGUUUUUCUUACUUGGUGGUUGCUGCUGCUCAUGUAAUAGUCACUAGUUACCAACUUUAUUUUCAGUUUGAUGGUUAUCUCCACAAAUUGUUCAAACACUAAUUAGGUCUCUUUUUUUUUUAAUGGAUAAGCUCUUUUGCUA